AUGACCGGCCGCCGAUCUCCCUCGUCCUCCGGCCUCCUCCCCAUGCCCGGCUCGCCGUCCUCGUCCUGGGCGCUCUACCGCGCCCGCCUGUCCGCCAUCUUCCGCCAUGCCGACACACAAGUUAUCGUGGCCUUUUGGCUGCUCGGCCUGAUCAAUAACGUCCUCUACGUAAUUAUCCUCUCCGCCGCCCAGGACCUCGUCGGCUCCUCCGUCCCGAAAGGCGUCGUCCUCCUCGCCGACGUCCUCCCCUCCUUCUUCACCAAGCUCGUCGCACCCUACUUCAUCCACCGCGUCCCCUACGCCCUCCGCGUCGUCGUCCUCAUCGCCCUCUCCGUCUGCGGCAUGCUCCUCGUCGCCCUCACCCCGCCCGAGAAGUCCGUCGCCGUCAAGAUGAUCGGCGUCGUCAUCGCCAGCCUCUCCUCCGGCGGCGGCGAGCUCAGCUUCCUCGGCCUCACCCAUUACUACGGCCCCAUGAGCCUCGCCGGCUGGGGCAGCGGCACCGGCGCCGCCGGCCUCAUCGGCGCCGGCCUCUACGUCGUCCUCACCGACUGGUGGAAGUUCAGCGUCCGGAACAGCCUGCUCUUCUCCGCCUGCCUGCCAUCCGUCAUGUUCGUCAGCUUCUUCCUCAUCCUGCCCAAGGGCCCGCUGCAGACGGGCAAGAAGGAGUACACGGCGGUCCCGGAGCAGGACCUCGAGGACGACGAGGUCGAGGGGCUGUCGCAGAACGCGGCGUCCUCGGCGCUCCUCGCCCCUGGCCCGGGCGUCACCUCGACGGCGUACCCGGCCGGCAGCGGGCACCAGCACCACCAGCACCACGACGCCAGCUUCGAGGCGAACCUGCGGCGCGCCAAGCGGCUCUUCUUCCCCUACAUGCUGCCGCUGCUGCUGGUGUACAUCGCCGAGUACACGAUCAACCAGGGUGUGUCGCCGACGCUUCUGUUCCCGCUGUCGUCGUCGCCCUUCAACGAGUUUCGCGAGUUUUAUCCCUUCUACGGCUUCUUGUACCAGCUGGGCGUCUUCGUCUCGCGGUCCUCGACGCCCUUCGUGCGCAUCCACCGCCUGUACCUGCCCUCGCUGCUGCAGGUCGGCAACCUGGCGCUGCUGACGGCGCACGCCAUGUUCGACUUCAUCCCGUCCGUGUACGUGGUCUUCGUGGUCGUCUUCUGGGAGGGGCUGCUGGGCGGCGCGGUGUACGUGAAUACCUUUGCCGAGAUCAUGGAGCGGGUGCCGGCCGAGGAUCGGGAGUUCAGCCUGAGCGCGACGAGCGUGAGCGACAGCGGGGGGAUCUGCGUCGCUGGGUUCCUGGGGAUUUUGAUGGAGGUCAGGCUUUGCGAGUGGCAGGUUGCGAGGGGGCGGGAUUGGUGUCGGAAGAUCAAGGUCGGGUAG